ACUACCCAGAAAAAGGGCAAAAAAUACGCGCAAACUGAGUCAAGAAAUGGGAACUUCCAAUAUCUUUCGUGCAUUUGCAAAGCAAAGAUUAAAUACUCCAUCAAAUCCUCCGCCCUUCUCCUUUCAACUCCUCUUGCUCUUCCUCCCUUUCUUAGCUUGGGUUGAGUAAUUGAGGUGUGAAAUGAAGGGAAAGGAGGAAGAAUUGGAUGAAAAACCAUUGGAGAAGGAAAAUUUUGACAUUUGUGGCCCCCAUCACCUCACUUCUAUUGAUUGGAGACUGCCUGAACAUAGGAGGUCUGUAGCAGCUUGUAUGAUUCAAGGUGUGUUCGUUUCAGAAAGAGACCGCCAAGAAAAACGGAUAAAAGAUGAUGCGCUAGCCCCAAUUUGGUGGAAUUUUCUCCAUUUCGAUUGCUUUCAGAUCCUGGUUGAUCCAAUUGAUUCAUCUAUAUUUGGUAUAAUAUAUGAGUACAAACACCAUAUCACUAACCAUUUUCAUCCCAUGUCACCACAAAGUGCAUCUCCUAGGUACGUCAUUGCAUUCAGGGGUACGGUCACAAGACGUGAAACCAGAAAACGGGACUUACACUUGGAUAUCAAACUCGCCAUAAACGGGUUAACACGGGAUCUGCGAUACCAGACUGCAUGCCAAGCAAUACAGGGCAUAAUAUCCAAAGUUGGUCCUAACAAUGUGUGGCUAGCAGGGCAUUCCCUAGGGGCAGCUAUAGCAUUACAAGCAGGAAAAGACAUGGCUAAACGAGGAUGUUACAUAGAAACUUACCUUUUUAACCCUCCGUACUUGUGUGUCCCGAUUGAAAAACUCAGUGACCCGACUUUGAAAAAUGGGGUGCGAAUUGCUCGUAGUGUUCUAAAUGCUGGUCUUGCUCUUGCAUUCAAUGGUACCAAAAUUAGCUCUACCACCCAUGAACAACGUGACCCUUUUACUACACUGAGUUGUUGGACCCCGUACUUGUUUUUGAAUCCGAAAGACCCGAUUUGCUGCGAGUAUAUCGGGUAUUUCGAGCAUCGGGAGAAGAUGGAAGAAUGGGGUGUAGGUAGGAUCGAGAGGAUUGCAACCAAAAGUUCGGCUGUAAGUAUAUUAUCAGGUGCAUUAGGGGGAGAUGGUGAAGCAUUACAUCUAAUUCCCUCUGCUUUUGUCACUAAAAAUGUGAUUGUCAAGGAACAAAAUUUCAUGGCAGCUCAUGGGCUACUUCAGUGGUGGGAACCUCAUCCAUUUUGGCAGUCUAAACACUACCAAUUGAAUUUACUUAACCUCACCAAACAUAAUUGAAUCAACAUUAUUGAUACUAAACAUUAAUUUGUGUGAUAUUUUCCUUUGAUCUGAUUGUGUUAUGUGAUUAUGUUUGGUGACAUUUUUAAUGCAAUUGUGUAUAAGAAUUGAUUGACAAUUGAAUGAUGUGAUUAUUUGUUGGUCCA